AUGAAAAAGAUAUCUUUAAUUUUCACUCGAAAUGUUCAUGAUAACCAAAGAGUCUAUAAUGCACCUCGAACUUUAGAUGAUGUUGCUAUUGUUUAUGUAGCUGAUCGUGAUGGUAACAUUCCGGCUCAACUUGAUUUUGCAGUUCACCCAAGUGACUCGAAUACUUUAAAAAGGAUUAACAUGCUUUCUAAGCAUCUCGAUCCUAUGACUUUUCCACUUUUCUUCCCAAAUGGUGAUUUUGGAUGGAUCACACAUUUGUCACAUAAUAUGGAUCAUGCCACUGAAAAGCGAAAUAAAGUAACGAUACUUGAAUUUUAUUCAAAUAAAAUUGGAAUUCACCGAAAUCAUUUCAAUCCUUUGUUCUAUGGCGGAAAAUUAUUUCAACAAUAUUUAGUAUACGUGUAUGCCCGUUAUGAAGCAAAUCGAAUGACAUAUGUCAGAAAUAAUCAAAAGACUUUACAUGUAGAAUCGUAUAAAGGUUUAUUAGAUCAUGUUAAUAACAUGAGCCGAGAUAAUAACGCCCGUAUUGGUAAUAUAUUUAUUCUUCCUUCAUCAUUCGUGGGCGGUCUGCGUUUUAUGUCCAAAUUAUAUCAGGAUAAUAUGGCAAUGGUUCGAAAAUUUGGCCGCCCUGAUUUGUUUAUUACUUUUACGUGUAAUCCUAAAUGGAAAGAAAUAAAAUCUGAACUUCAAUCUUUUCAAAAUUCAUCAGAUCGACCAGAUUUAGUAACUCAAGUAUUUCGUUUAAAACUAAAAGAAUUUUUAGAUGAUAUAGUUAAAAGAAAAAUUUUUGGAGAAAUUUUGGCAUACGUGUACGUUAUAGAGCAUCAAAAACGCGGCCUUCCUCAUGCUCAUUGUUUAUUCACAUUGUCUAAUCAAGACAAAAUUAAAACGUCAGAUGACGUUGAUAAUAUUAUCUCUGCUGAGUUACCGAAUCGACAUGAACAACCCGAGUUGUAUAACGUAAUUUUAACGCAUAAUAUUCAUGGACCAUGUGGUCGAUUAAAUCCUAACUCAAUUUGUAUGAUUGAUGGAUCUUGCUCCAAAAAUUUUCCUAAAGCCUUCUGCUCUGAAACUGAUGUAUCUACAGAUGGUUAUCCAAUUUAUAGACGCCGAAACAAUUCUCAUGAAGCUCAUUUCACACGUAGUAAUAUUCAAGUAGAUAAUCGUUUUGUUGUGCCAUAUAAUUCAUUUUUAAGUCUUAAAUAUAAUGCUCAUAUUAAUGUUGAACUAUGUUCAACUGUUAAGGCUAUCAAAUAUAUUAAUAAGUAUAUUACAAAAGGUUACAACUGUGCGCGAAUCGGCAUUCAAGUAAAUUCGAACGACAAUGUAGAAAGAGUUGUUGAUUAUGAUGAAAUCAAACAAUAUUUAAAUUGUCGUUAUAUUAGUUCUCAAGAAGCAGCUUGGCAUCUUCAAGAUUUUCCUAUUCACGGUCAAUCUUAUAGUGUCGUCAUGCUGUCUAUUCAUUUGAAAGAUGGCCAAUCAAUUUUUUUCCAAGAGAAUGAAGCUGAAAGUGUUUUGCGACGAGAAUCAGUCGCAUGCAUGACUUUAACUGCUUAUUUCGAUUUAAAUGUUUCAGAUUCGAGUGCUCAUCAAUAUUUAUACUAA